GGGUGGCCGGGGCUCCCCUUGUUCAGAGCUGAGGAGUUGGCCUCGACACACAUCCAGAAGAGCAGCAAUCCCAAUGGAGAGCAAAACGCGGGUGGUGCCCACAGAGCAGCAGCAAUGGGACGCGGCAUGGCAGCCAUCGGGGUCCAUCCUCUCUCUGGAUAGGCGAGGGGCCAAGAAAGUGCUGGAGAUCUACGUCAGGCGCUCAUUGAGCUGCUGUGAGAACACGCAUGCGGCCAAGGAAAGGCUUCAGGAGAGAGCCAAAGGGAAAGGGAGGAAGGCAGCCCUGCUGCAAAGGUCCGAGAGUGACUUUGGCAAGUAUUCGCAUGCCAAGCACAGCCUGAAGAAGGAGCAGGAGGAGGAGGCCAAGGAGCUGGGGCUGGAGGAGGCUGUGGUUGAGGAGAGCAAAGCGUCGGCUCCUGGGGAGGAUCCUAAAGUGGAGCCGGAGCCCAAGAGGAAAAGCACAAAGAGCUCCUCUCCCCAGGGCAAGGCCCAGCACACCUGGUUCAAGAGCUUCUUAAACCUGCUCUUCAAAAGGAGUCCCGAGGAGCAGAAGGAAAACGUGGGGCAAAAAGCGAAGGAAAAAGAUCUCAGAACUCCUUACAGCAGCAAAACAGAAGGGGCCAGGAGACCCAGAGCCAACACCUGCACGUCCCCAACACUGGGCAAAGCCUCCAGGAGGAGACCCAGCCUCAAGAAGGUCUUCUCCUUCAAGAAGAACGUGGAGGAGGAGCGUGGUGAGGCUGGGGCCAGAGCCAAGCGCCCCGGCUGCCUGCCCCUGCGGCACGUCCUUGCAUCCAGCCCCACAGAGGCCGAGCAGCCGGAGGGUUACUAUGCACGGGUCUCGGAGGAGGUCGGGCUGAUCGUGCAGGGCAGUGGGGAGCGCAGGGCUGAGCGGCUGCCAGGGCCAACCUGCACCGAUGGGGUCGAUGAAGCCAUCAGAGAAAUUGUGGCCCUGCUGCAGGAAGCUGGAGAUGAGCUGGACAGGCAGGUGAAGGAAGAUGUGCGGCUGCGGACGUUCUUCAAAGACAUGUCCUACAGCUCCUUCAAGAACCUGGCUGAUGCCUACGUCCGCCGGGAGAUGACGGCCAGCCGACCCAACGUCAACCCCCAGGAGAUCCAGUUUGCCUUCACGGUGCACCUCACCGCCAGAGUGGCCGGCAUCUGCAACCAGGCUGUGAAUAGGAUCAUGGGGUUUGGCACCCGCUACUUGGAAGACUCGUUUGCGCCCUUGUCCUACAGCAAGAUCCUCCAGCAGGACAGAGCAAAGUUCAGCACAGACAACUGCGAGAGCCCAGACUGAUGGUGCUGCAGCUGUGACACCAAUGGUGGACAUCAAUGACUGGGACGCAGCCUCUGUAGGUGGCCUGGAUGUCCUGUGGGUUCGUGGGUUUAAAAUCCAUGGAGGGAACCCACAGCAGUCACCGUGGUGGCACGAUGAGAUGAAACCCCACCUGGGGGGGGGGCAAAGGGUCUGAAAAGCCCACAUUUCUGAGACUGCCCUAAAUUUCCAUUUUGGCCCUCAUCAGAUGCACGUGUGGAGCCCUGCAGUUCAUUUGUGUGUGUGUGCCUGUAUUUAUUUACCAACUUUUCUUACAUAUCUGUGAACGUAGGCUAUAAUUUCUCCAGCUUCUGCUGUCAGCCAAGGGUCCAGUUCAGAAAAAACCCAUAAAACUCAAAUAAAUGGGUCCCUGUGUGACAUCCAGGCUUGUCUGAAGGCAGAGGAAAUGUGUAUGCAUGUUAUACAUGGAAUAAAGUUUGCUUUGCUACA